AUGCAUAGGCGGUCAACGGAGGAGUGGAUCCGGUUGUCCUUGCGCACCCCGGGCAUCCUCAUCUUCGGGAUGGUCAUGGCUCCCUGCGGCUGGGUCCUGGACCUGACCGCCACCGUCGCCCCGAACUGGAGGACACUCCACGAGAUCCCCGACACCCCGCCGGACCAGUUCGUCCAGCAAGGCAUCUGGGACAUCUGCAGGACCACCACGGUCUCCACGAGACCGGACUGUAACCUGGAGGACUCCACAUACUUCGGCAACGAGAUCAUCCGGGUCGCCCAGGGUCUGAUGGUAGCCUCCCUCAUCGUGACUCUAAUCGGUCUGGCCGUGGCCAUCCCGGGGGUCCGCUGCUGGAAAGACAGGCCCAACUGGAUAGUGGCCGGCCUGGGCGGACUGUUGAUCUUCCUCUCGGGCGUCAUGACCAUCAUACCCAUCGCCUGGUACACCCACAUCCUCCCCAACAUCACCACGAAGUCCCCGCUCGUAGACGUGCGCGUCGGCUACUGCAUCAUCCUGGGAUACAUCGGCGGGAUAUUUGAAGUCCUGGGCGGCGUCGUCAUGUUCAUCGGCAUCUGCCGUUGCUGCGGAGGAAAGAACCGCGGGGAGAGCCGGGUCGAGGAGGUCAUGGGCACCCGGUUCAGUCACCAGAAGCCGCCGCCCAGGCUCGUCAACGUGCCGAGCCUGAGCCGGCCCAGGACCAGCGACAACAGCAGCGUCCCAUACUCCAAGGACUCCAUAGAUGAUGAUGUGUCCUUCCCCCGGGCCAAGAGCCCCGCCGGUCGGUCGGGCAACACCUCCUACGGCGGUAGACCCUACGAUGCGGACCUAUGA